CGUGCGGCGGGAACGAGGAGGCUGUGUCGGUUGACGCCCCGUCCCGUCGUAGCGGACUUCACACCUUGAAAUGAUACAAAAAGAUUCGGGGUUUCUUCUAUCUUAGGUUUGAGACUGAUGAAUCUGUGACUUGAGCUCUUCAUCAAAGUCAAAACGGAAGUCACUGAAGAGUUAGCAGAACCCCCCAAAACAAUCACCAACGUACGUACCUACCCUAAAGAGCAGGAGGAGAACUCUAAAUCAUUGUAUGAAAAAAUGGCAACCAAAGACCGCAUAACGUGCCACAUCCUCGACACCUCCCUCGGCCAACCGGCCCGUUCGGUGCGCGUCAAGCUCGAGCUUCUGUCUUCUUCCACCUCUUCUUCCACCUCCCAAACCCCCAGCAAAACCUUUGAAUCCAUAACCGACGAAGACGGCCGCAUCAAGACCUGGCUGCCCUAUUCCUCCGCGCUCUCCUCGGGCGAAGUCCCCGUCUACACUCUGGAAGACGUUUUUGUCAACGACAUCAAGGGCCCGUCGAGAUGGAUGUUGCGCUUUGAUACGGCAGGGUAUUUCGGUGGGGAGGAUAAGACCUUCUUCCCCGAGGUGACGGUGGUGUUUAGGGUGGAGGAGGGACAGACUUAUCAUGUCCCGCUCCUGUUGGCGCCGUAUAGUUAUUCUACUUAUCGGGGGAGUUAGAGGGGGAGCUUCAGAUGGAAGACGUUGGGAGGAACCAAAAGGAAAGAAAGGAAAGACGGGAUUGGGGGGGUUGGAGACACGGGGGGUGGGUA